UUCCUGUCUCUCCUCUCUUUUAUAAGGUAUUGGGAAGAACGUCAUCUGCGACCGGACAGCAACGCCUCUGGAUGCCUUCCGAAUGAUGUCAGCGGCCCAGUACUACCCCAAGUUGCUGAGCAUUAUGGGAAAUGUGUUACGUUUUCUGCCCGCUUUCGUUCGAAUGAAGGAGCUGUUAGAAGAGGGGUACAUCGGAGAGCUUCUGGUCUGUGAGGCCCAGGUCCACAGUGGCAGUCUCCUAGGAAAGAAAUACAACUGGAGCUGCGAUGACCUGAUGGGAGGCGGAGGUCUGCAUUCCGUGGGUAGUUACAUCAUUGACUUGCUAGGGUUUCUGACUGGUCAGCGCGCAGCAAAAGUCCACGGCUUCCUCAAGACCUUCGUCAAACAGACGGACCACAUCCGGGGCAUCCGUCAGAUUACCAGCGACGACUUCUGCACGUUCCAGAUGGCGCUAGAGGGUGGCGCCUGCUGCACCGUCACGCUGAACUUCAACGUUCCCGGAGAAUUCCGGCAGGAGGUUAUCGUCGUAGGUACGGUGGGAAGGCUUACAGUCACCGGGACAGACCUGUACGGACAGAAGAACAGCAGCGGAGGAAACGGUGGGGGUCCUGAACUCCUGCUCAAAGACAAUACACCUGUUGAGAAUUCUUCCUUACCGGAGAAGGCCUUCAUUGACAUUCCGUCCCCGUAUCUCAUUGGAACAAUCCGCAUGAUCCAGGCCGUGCGGGAGGCCUUUCAGGACCAGGACGACAGGCGGACGUGGGACGGGAGGCCUCUGACAAUGGCUGCUACAUUUGAGGAUUGUCUUUAUGCUCUUUGCGUGGUUGAUACCAUCAAGAAAUCCAACCAGAGUGGAGAGUGGCAGAACAUUGUGGUGAUGAAGGAGGAGCCAGAAAUCAGCCCGGCCUAUCUGAUCAGCGAGGCCAUGCGUCGGAGUAGGAUGUCCCUCUACUGUUAGUAUCCGGCUGAUUGGCUGACGAUGGCCUGUGUUUACCUUAACUGGAGGUGGCAGCUCAAAGGCUUAGUGUUGUUUUGGAACUUUAUUUAUUAAUCUUCUGGGUACAGUUGUUAAAAUCACCACUCUUUUUAAAACCGUCCAAUGUGUAUUGCUACUGCUACAAACAGAGAGGUAUGAUACAGAGAGCUAUGGUUUCCUGAAACCCUGCCUCAGCAUUAGAAGAAAAGCAAUGUGAUCAAUAAUUAAACUUUUAUUUAUAAGGAAGCCUUUCCUGUUUUCCUUUUGACAGAAGUCUUAAAUCGUUAAUGGGAGAUACACUCGUAAAUCAAACUGAUUCAUACAACAAUAAGAUAUACUUUUGAGGCAGAGCAGGCAGUGAAACUAAUGCUACUGUAUUCUGCUUGACCAUAAGGGUAUUGCUCCUUUCUUCCCUGCUUCUCUUCUUUAUGACUGGGUCUGGAAGACAACACCUUACACUGUGGGUCUAAAAUAGGGACAGCCAAGGAAGAAUGAUAGUCCCUUAGCUUAAAACUGUGCUGCUGUAUUGUCGCUGUAGUCUCUAGUACUUGCUAGUUUUACCAAGUGAAUGUUUUAAAAAAUAAUCAUGCUUGAUAGCCUCGGACUGCUCUGUAUGCUUCCUCUUUGCGUGUGGAACAAGAGAGAAAAUAAAUCAAUAGUUUGGCUGCUGGGUUUUUCUAAGGGGUCUACCUUCUGGUUAAUGUAUGCAAUUUUUCCAGGCUGUAGUCUGUGGUAGAAAUACUUAAACUUCCACCUGGAGCAAAGGGUUAAUGGUUGACCUUUAUGCAGUUAUAGUAGCCUGUGCAUACAAGUCUUGUUUGAGUGGCCAGUGCGGUUCUUAUUUUCUUAUUUAUUUAAUGCAAUUUCUGUCGUAAUUAGGCAUGGCCAGGAAAUACACUAAGCUUGUGUUGUGUGUGCAUAUGUCUACCGAGCCUUAAUAAAAAUCUAUCUUGCACUAGGUUGCGAGUAAAUGCUGAGCAAUAUGGGUGGUUUAUCCCAAUGUUGUAAUGCAAAGGCUCACAUUUGCAUUAAGCUACCACGCCUCAUAAAGCUUCUCUGACACGCACAGUGAGAUGCAGGUUUGUCAGUUUGCAUCAUGCAUCAGUAUGCAAGUUCAGUUUGGACCGACACAUUUCUUUAAACAGUAGUGUUGAGUGCAAAGGCUGGUGUUAUUCUCUGUUCCCAUGUCUGUAGCACUGAUUGAUGUAAACAGAUGAUUAUGUUCCUUGUGAAAGGUGUCACUCAUAGUAAUGAUCCACAGAUUAUUAUUUCCUUACUCUUCAGUUCCCAUGAACUCCACAUAGCACAUCAUUAUUUUCAUUAUUUGGUUUUUUUGGCCCACAAACGCUGUUCUGGUUCACUCUCAAUGCUCUUGUAAAACGUGUUUUCAGCCAUGGCCGACGGCUGUUUUCUUCACCAAUAGGCCCGAUACACCCAUGGUACUCUUCUUUUAAGAAAUUGACACCUAAAAUUAGCCAUAAUCAGGAAAAACUCAGCUAAAUGAGAAUGAUUUUGGGCUUUCUUAAAAAUGAAAUAAUAGCUCAGCAUUUUUUGCUCAAGUUAGCCAAACAUGAGGGAAUAGAGCAUUUGUUUGGGACUAGUUUUAGCUUUUGAACAAAGAAAAUGUGGUGAUGUAGUAAGAAACCAAUACAUGAUUGCAGCCAGUCUUCACAACUUUGGAGGAUUCAAUUAGUGGACUAUUUUAGCGAAGAGCCAAAGAAGAAGAAAAAGAGCAAGAGUGAGACCAAUUAUCAACAGUCAUUCAAUAUAAAGGGAUUCUAAAACCCACCAUCGGAAAGUAUUUGCAAAUCCAGCUUGACUUAAGGUUUGGAAUCACUCAAUACAGGUGAGAGAACAGCACAGACCUACAAGCCAAAAGAUUGAUUUUUUUUUUAUGCACUCUCUGUUCCCGUGUGGUUUUCCAACCUCUGCUGAAAUACUAUCUAUGUAACGACUACUGAAAAUGUACAUAUGCAACAAUAUGUGUUUGCCUAAAGAAAUAAACAAGUACUGUAUGUAUUUUAUUUGUGAAAACCAAGGAAAUGGAACAUGUUUCGACGAGUGUUAAGCUAUUUAUUAUUUGCUUGUGUAUGGGAGAUUAACAGCAGAACGAGGCCUUAUAUCACUCAGCUUCUUAUUAAUUAUUGACCAAAAUUAUUUUCUUUUAACUUUGUUGUAAAAUGUUUUGUUUUUUUGCUUUUAGCUGUGUCAUAAAUCAUACACUGUCACAGUAAUAUAGUCUCUAACAGUAAUGUUUGACCCCUGUUUUUGUUAACACUCACUAAAGUUACACACUUAAGGUCCAACACUGAUAAGCUAUCACUCUGUAAGAUAACUCGAGUUAGAUUAUUGCGUAGUAAGCAUUUUAUCAAAUCUGCAUAUAGACUUUCCCCCUUUGCCUGAUUACAGUUUUCAUAAUAUUAAUGAUUUGAACCUACACACUGGAAUUCCCUCUUUUUAUUUAAUCAUUACUUUUUGUCCACUGUUCAGGCACUAUGCACACACUGUAUAGGAAAAAAAGGAAUAAUAAUUGGUCCAGCGUCCAAUCUUUUUACAUUUAUUCAAAACAAGGUUGUUUUCUUUCCCUCUUCAGGCCUGUAAACAUAAUUGUUUCUGUGUGAUUUGAUGUAAUAGCCUCUUAUGAUAAUGUGAAUUUAAAUUAUUUUCACUGUUGAACUGAUAUAUGUAUAGGGAAUCUCAGGUGAGGGGCCCAAUUUCACAAAAAGUCAAGUCCGUUCCCUGAAUCCCCCUUUAUCCCUAUGUUUGGUUUAGUCCAGUGUGGAUCAUACCAUUUUCAGCGUUACACAAGACAACAGAAGGUUCAUUGUUGGUGUCUGGCAGCUUCACCACUACCAUGCUUUUUAUAAUGAGUUACUUUAUUUUCCCAAUGCAUAACAGUAGAACAAAAGCUCUGCUCUUUUCGUAAACUGUUGGAAAUAAUAGGAAUUUACAGACUUGUAAAAUAAAAUGUUAACUUGGUCUUGUCUUUGAAAACUAAAUAGAAAAAUAGCCAUGCCACAGGUCACUGUUCAGAAUACUUAAUUCUGCUAUCAUUUUAGAGAGAAAUGUUGUGUCAAAUUGCGCAGGGUUAAUGCAGAGAAGUGUGUUUGAUGCUCAGAAAUUGUUUUCCAGUGUUAAAGCUGUUUUUUACCAAGCUGUAGACAUUUUAAGGACUCUGAAUUCAGCUUUUAUUACAUUAAAUAUCUAAUAUAUUUCAUUUGCUCAUAUCUCUCCUUGUACGUUAUAUAAUUUAGGCCUGUGGCGACCAGUGUUUCAUUACCCAGACACAGGUUUUGGCAUCUGUUUAAGGAUUAUCUCACAAUAGACAGAGUUUGUUUAACUCAGCUUGGAUCCCAUGCUAAGAUUAAAUGAACUAUAUAUUUAGCGGCUCCGAGGGUGAAACGCUCAACAGGGACUCAUAACAUUAGCUUAGUUUUUUCAAGGAUAUUCUUUCACUUUGUGCUGGCUGGAGGUUUACCCAUGUCCAUACAGCUCCUCCUUCUCCAUGGAGAUGCAAUUACACUGCUCAGCAGACACAUGGACUGUGGUAAAUGUGUCGUUAGCAUCUGCUUCAAAUCAAGAACAUUAGAAGACCAGAGGACUUUUCAUUUCAGCAGAUUCUUGGCAAAACAUGGAAAGAUAAAAGCACCUGUAAAGGCUUUUGAGUGACACUAACCGCAGUUUCACGUAGAUUCACCCAUUGCAUGGAGGUGCAUGGGCAGCAGUAUGAAACAGAUGAGGCAAUAUCUGGGUCUGAAGCACUGAAUAUUUAAUGAGUGGAAUUUUAAUGAGGUGAUACAGCACAGUGUGGGGAUUUUAAAACAUUUAAAACAAAACGUUAAUUAUCCCUUCUGUUUUGUUCUAAAUUCUGAACCACUGAUGAUUUUAUUUACUCUUAAGUUAUCCUACGCUGCCCCAUCACUCAAAUUGUUAGUAAGGUGAUAUUAUGGCUAGUGCAAAAGAGAACUGUGGACAGUGAAGCUCAUGAUUCCCAUAUAGUGCAAUGGACUUUUCUUUCAUUUAGCUUGCUGCUUGUGGCCUAUUAAGGAUAAACCGGCUUCAGAAAAGGGUAGAGGAGGAGGUGGUGGGAUGGGCUGAAAAUUGUUCAUUUUGGAGCCGAACAACCUCAAAGAGGCGCUUCCUCUGCCCUUGGAGACCGUUACUUAGCAACAGGAAGCAACGUUGCCAAAACUAGGUCCUGUCUAGGUUUGUUUUUUCACUUACACAGUAACACAGUACCCUCACUCCUCCAUUUCUACACCCCUCUUUUUCACACAUUCUUCCUCUAUCUCCCUAUUUCUCUGCACUCUGGUCAAAGGUUAACAAUUAGUGUUGAGAGUGUUUUCUCUCCCUACUUUUCCCUUUCUUUCUACUGUGAGUCAGGUUGAAGCCUGGAGGACAAGCUCACUGGUGCUUCUUCACACAUUCCCCCCAAAAACAUUGAGUCUUCGCUUUAGCAGCCAGAAAAGGAGUAACCAAGGUGAUCCGUUAAUAUAAACCGAUAACAAGACAGGUACAGGUUGUGAAGGCCUUUCCUCAGCUGCUUUAUGAAUGCUCCGUGUCUUGCUGUACCCCUGAAAAUGUUCAAAGAAAAACAAAUAUCCACAUUGAUACUGUACUGUGUGUCCAAUAUUUAUUGUCAUUUGUGUAUAUUGUGGACGCAUGGACCUCUGGACAUACUGUAGUUUGAACUCUCAAGCGCAUAUUUAUGGGUCUUAAUCUAGAGAAUGUACUUAAUGUUGGAAUUAUUUAUAUUUUCUAUCCAUUUUUAGGAGUUCUGUCUGUAAAGUGUCAUGGUGCACUUUUGGUAAAUUAGCACCCCCUCCCUUCUUUUUUUGAUUGACUGUGACUCCUGCCUCAGUGUUUUACUGCCUCAUCUCCCUGCACCAGUGUUCAGCAUUGUGUGUGUGUGUGUGUGUGUGUGUGUGUGUGUGUGUGUGUGUGUGUGUGUGUGUGUGUGUGUGUGUGUGUGUGUGUGUGUGCAAUAUGGUUUACAGCUUCAGCACUUGUCUAAUGCUGCAGUUUCUAUAGAAUA